UAUGGGAAGUUGUUGUGGUGGAUAAUAAGGAUGGUGUGGUGAUCAAAAAACGCAGAUAAAUGUUGGAGCAGGUUAAUAAUAAGAACUAGAUAAAAAAUAGGAUGAAUAGUUAGAUGAAAAUUUAGUUAAGGAGAAAGCUACAAAAAUAUAAGGUAAAUUCGGUUGGAAUCAUUUUAGCACAUAUAAGAGGACAUAAAGCAAGGGAAGAAGUGAAGAAGAUAAAAGAAAGUCAAAAGAGCUCAGAACAAAUUUCAGAUAAUUGUAUAAAAUAAAGUAGUGAACCUAAAAAAAUGGAAAGUCAUUCAUAAUAAGAAGAUAAACCAAUAGUGACAGCUAAAGAAGCUUAAUAUACAAAAGGUCCAGAGUAAAGUGCUGGAGCUAAUUAGCAUGCUCCAAAUGACAGAGUAAGAAAAAUUGAGAAGGUACCUGAUUUUUUGACAGAUCGAACUAGACAAGUAUAUUGUAAUUAUACAAAGGUUUUGGAGAAAUUGGACGAUUUUGUUUACGAUUAAGAUUAAGAAGAGUACAAAGACUUGCCACAUUUGGGUCCAUAUGAAUUUGAGAAUGGAAGUGUUUAUAUAGGUUAAUGGAAAAAUGGGUAUAAUUUAUUUCAUUUAUUAUAUCUAGAUAGAGACAUGGCAGAGGAAAACAAAUAUGGUAGGAUGGAUCUUUAUAUGAAGGCUAUUGGUACUAAAAUGUGGCAUGUGGUAAAGGAAGAUUAAUCCAUUCAGAUGGUGAUAUUUAUGAAGGAGAAUGGAGAAAUGAUAAGGCUCAUGGUUAAGUAAGAUUUUUAUUUUAUUCUAGGGAAAAUAUGUUCAUAUGGAUGGAGCUCAAUAUAUAGGAUAAUGGGAAGAUGAUAGAUAGAAUGGGGAAGGAUAAGAAAUAUGGCCUGAUGGUGCUAGUUACUAAGGAUAAUAUAAAAAUGGAAAAAAAGAUGGCAGGGGUACAUUCAAAUGGGCUGAUGGUUCUGUUUAUGUGGGAGACUUUUACUAAAAUAAUAUUUAAGGUUAAGGAGAGUAUAGUUGGGAAGAUGGUAGAAAAUACGUUGGGGAAUGGAAAAAUAAUAAAAUGGAUGGAAAAGGGGUAUGGUUAUUUAUAAAAAUCAUAGGUUUUUACUUGGUUGGAUGGCAGAAGAUACGAGGGUUAAUAUAAAGAUGAUAAGAAGCAUGGUUAUGGUGAAUUUAAAUGGCCUGAUGGUAGAGUAUGAAUUUUUUUAAGAUUUUUAGGUUUAUAAAGGUGAUUGGUCAAAUGGAAAGUAACAUGGAAAAGGAAUCUACAUAGGUUCAUCUAGAGCAGAGAAAGAAGGAGAAUGGUAAGAUGGUAAAAGAGUAAGAUGGAUUAGAAGAGGUGGUCAACCAAUAGAAGAAGGAAAUUGA